CUUCCAUUCCGCGCUCUCUACAUAAACACGGCCACAACAAGCGCCUCCGAUCUCCCCACAACCUCCCUCGUCUCCUACUCUCCUCCCGUUUCUCGAUUCUUGCAGUUGCCGCCGCCUCGCACUCCUCGCCAUGGACGGCGGCGACAGCAGCCGGCGGUUCCAGCGGCAGGCCUCCUGCUCCUGCGCGCCCUCCAUGUCCCGCGGCUACGUCCGCGGCGGCUUCGAUCUCGACGACGACGACGAGGACGACUACUUCCACGGCCACGGGCACUUCGACAGCAGCAAGGCCGCGGGCCGGGCGCCGGCGCCGGCGUCCCGCGGGUCCUGCGGCACGAGGCUGAGGGGCCUGUGGCGGAAGAUCGUCCGGGAGAAGAAGAGGAUCCUGCUCUGCUCCACCGGAUGCGUGCCCGUGGGUGGGUCUUCGUCUUCGGCGGCGGCGAGGGAGCCCUAUGACGCCUACAGCUACGCGCAGAACUUCGACGACGGCGCCGCGUGGGUCGAGGAGCCGGAGAACCUCUCGCGCUCCUUCUCCGCCCGCUUCGCCGUCCCCUCCAGGGUGCUGCAGAGGGUCGCCGUGUAAGAGGCCGCCGAUCCGACGAACCAACCCCGGCCGGCUUCUUCGUCUCUCUCUUUUUUUCUCCUUCCGUUUCUUGUUUCGAUUUUUCCGGAUCCUGGUUUCAGUUUUGGAGUCGUGAACUGGGAAAAGAAGUGUUCUUUUCCCCAUCUGUAACUGUAAAUUGUAGUAGUGUAGAGUAGCUCGUCAAUCCUUCUGGCAUGAUCCAUCUGUAUUCGCAGCAAUCUUUGUUAAUCUGUCAGCCAAGUCUUGCACAUAUCUCCAAAUGUUGAAUUAGAUAGAGAUAAGCUUCAGGUUUGCCGGCGGUGCAGAUUAUGAUAAGAUUUUAUUUUGGUCCUGUUUAUCUGCUGAACAUGCGAAAUUUGUUUGUUCGAAGAAUCCGGAAAAAAAGAUCAGUUUGUUUCAAA